CCACCUGUUGGUAAAAUCUAGAACAGCUAAAAUUCAGAUUUGGUGCCUACUUCAUAUUUGUAGUUAAAUUUACACCAAAUAGAGGUUAUAAAUUUAUAAAAGUUCCUAAAGAAGAUGAGUGAGUUAGAUGAACUUAACUGUGUUUCCACAAAUAAAAGUCCGACGAAAUUAACUACAACAGGAAAAAUAUUAAUUGGGAUCAGCGGUGGCGUUGCAAUCGGAUUAAGUUUGAUCUGCGCACCAUUUGUAAGUCCUGCUUUGCGCAAGUUCUGCUUACCAUAUAUUCCCGCCACCGAUGUUCAAAUAAAGAACGUGUUGACCGCCCUCGGUAAGCGGGAAGGUAAACUUUUGGAUUUGGGAUCAGGGGAUGGGCGGAUCGUAUUCGAAGUAGCAACCAGACAUCCGCAGAUCAUUGGUCACGGGGUGGAGUUAAAUCCAUGGUUAGUUCUUUACUCGCGAAUCGACGCUUUUAAGAGGGGAAAAUCCGUAAGUUCGCGCACGAAUUUCUUCAGAAAAAAUCUGUGGAAAUACGGCAUCUCUGAUUACGAUAAUAUAGUCAUAUUUGGCGUCGAGCAGAUGAUGGCAGAUUUGGAGAAGAAAUUCAUAGCUGAAUGCAAGAGCGAUUGCAAGAUUAUAGCCUGUAGAUUUCCGCUUCCAAAUUUAAAACCUAUUAGAACAGUCGGAGAAGGCGUUGAUACUGUAUGGUUAUAUGAAAUGUCAAAAUAAAAGUUUAAAAUAUCUUUGAUUAA